AUGUCUGGCGACUGGCAGCAUGGACUAUUUGGCUGCUUUGACAACUUUGGCCUGUGCAUCAUCUCCUACUUUGUACCCUGUUACACCUUCGGUAAGAACGCCGAGGCUAUUGGGGAAAACUGUUUCACAUGUGGCCUGGCGUAUAUAGUUCCUCUGGUCAACAUUGUGGCGGCCAUCAAGGUCAGGGGCAAGAUCCGCGAGACGAGGGGCAUCGCCGGCUCUACCUUCAAUGACCUCCUGCUCAUCUGUUGCUGCCCACCAUGUGCCCUGGUCCAGGAGGCCCAGGAAGUACAAGUGCCAGGCGUUCAAUCGAUGGCUCGAGAGUAA